AAGUUAUCAACUUUUUUUUUCCCUGAGCAGAGAGACCAUUUGGAUUUGUGGCGGCGACGACAGCGGUUCUUAUCUUUUGGUCCGGAGAAUGUUUAUUUGUCUUCUAGGGUUUUGAAUUUGAAGAUUUUCCCAGAAGAACAAAAGAGAGAGAGAGAGAGAGAUGGGUCCUCUUGUCGAAGAAACCGAACUCCCUGAAGCUCUCCUCAAGGCUGGAAAAGAUCUCCUCGAGCCUCAUUCCUCUACUGAUUCCCUUCUCGACCUUCUCAAUAAAGUCGAGACUCUGCUCGGUAAUGUGGAGCAAGAUCCUACUGUAUCUCUGCAAAAUGCCCUGAGACCAGCUUUGAAGGCUUUGGUGUCUGUUGAUCUCUUGAGAAACCCUGAUUCUGAUGUUAGGGUUUACGUUGUCUCCUGCUUAACCGAGAUUAUGAGGAUAACUGCUCCAGAGGCACCGUAUGAUGAUGGCGAUAUGAAGGAGAUCUUCGAGGUGACGGUAGAAGCCUUUGGAAAACUAGCUGAUGCUUCCUCUCGUAGUUAUAAGAAAGUGGAGGCUGUUCUUGAUACUGUUGCUAAGGUCAGGGCGUCUUUGGUGAUGUUGGACUUGGAGUGCGAUGACGUUAUCCUAGAGAUGUUUCGGCAGUUCUUGAAAGUCAUAAGCCCGGUUCAUCCUCAACCUGUUCAUCAUUCAAUGGAAACGAUAAUGAUCACAGUCAUAGAAGAAAGUGAAGAAGUAUCCAUGGAUUUGCUAGAGAUUCUGUUGGCUGCUGUGAAGAAAGAAAACCAGGAUGUCUCACCAACGGCUUCGGGGCUUGUGGAGAAGGUUCUCAGUAGUUGCGCCUCUACGCUUCGACCGUACAUCAUGGAAGCUUUGAAGUCCACAGGGACUAGCUUGGAGAUGUAUUCUCCAGUAGUUUUGUCAAUAGGCCAAAGCGAAGCUGCCACUACUGAAACACAAAUCGUUGUUAACCCCAAAGAAACUGAGGCAGGUGAAAAGACAAUAGAAGAAGAGGUAGUUCCAAGUGAUUCAUUGCAGGAAAAACUGGAUUUGAGUCUCUCUGUCAAGGGGACGAGGUCCAAGAGAACUGCAAGAGGUGGAACUCGAGCCAAUGGAGAUGUUAAAGCACAAGUUGGAACCGAUUUGAAACAACUUUUGAAGCAAGGGCAUUCUGAAAGUACAGACACAGACACCGAAUCAGAGUCUACUAGGAGGAGAGGGCGGAAACCCAAUUCUCUGAUGAAUCCUGAGGAAGGCUACUCAUUCAAGACGUCAUCAAGCAAGAAGGAUUCAUCACGUGGAAAGCUCGUUGGCAAGAAAGCAUCUUCCCCUAGUAAAGCUGGUCAAGGGAAUCAGCCCCUUGUUAUUUCUCUCUCGCCCUCUAGUAGGUCUAAGAAGGGGUCAGGCAAACGUAGCCGGAGUAAGAUGGAAGAGACAAAUCUUGAUGCAGGUUCUUUAGCGAUACCAGUAUCAAAGAAACAGACUGUGAAGAAAGAUAAUCCUGAAGUAGAAGAUUUAAUGGAAACUGACCUUGAAAAGCCUGAAGAUAACAUUAAGACUGCCAAGCCAAGUAAAAAGGAGAAAGCAGAGAAUGGUUCAGCGAAAACGUCAGCAAAGAAACCGCUUGCAGAAUCUAAGACCAGCGGGAAAAAAUCAGUCAGCUCAGAUGCGAAGAAAAACAAGUCAGAAGGUGUAAGCAUGGAUACUGAUAUUCCCCAGUCAUCAAAGAACAAGAAGAAGAGUUCCCGUGCAACAACGCCUGCGACCAAAGAAUCUGAACAAACUCCCAAGAGCCAUCCCAAGAAGAAACAAACAGCUGGAGAGGAAGUGGAAUCCAAUGAGAGAUCCAAUAAGCGGAAACUUGGUCAGGAACUGGUUGGUAAGAGAGUUAAAGUCUGGUGGCCACUCGACGAGAAGUUUUAUGAAGGCGUCAUAGAGUCCUUUUCUGGUCGUUCUAAAAGGCAUCGAGUGUUAUAUUCUGAUGGGGAGACUGAAGAUAUUUAUCUUAAUAACGAACGUUGGGAGAUAAUCCAGGAUAACUCUUCAGCCAUUGAGGAAAAGGAGGAUGAUCUGCCUGAUUCUACUCCUUUAUCUGACAUAAUGCGAAGGCAGAAAGCCAAGAAGAGCAAAAAUAUGUCUGUGAAUGUGGAUCCAAGCAGUUCUUCAGACGUCAGAUCCUCUAAGGAGAAAGAACCUGUAACAAAUUCCACUAAGCAAGGGAAAAGAACCAAAGGUGCGCUGAAGGGCAAAAGCAAUGAACCAGAAAGCAGAGAAGAGAAAGAUCUUAAAUCGUCAAAAAAGCCGAAUGCUGAAACUGGCAGGACUAAGAAAAGGCAGAAGGUGACUCGAGAUAUGCACCGAGAAAGUGCAAAAGAUUGUGUUGACAAGGAAGAACCUGAAACCAAGGGUGGAGACAGUCUGAAAUCCGAUGGAGAGCCUGAAUGUAAGAGAGAUCAUCAAGAACUGCCUGAUGAUCCAAAUGCGGAAACCAAAACUGAUGGAGAAGAGGUGAAGUCUACAAACAAGUCAAAUGCAGAACCAGAAACUGAUGGAGAAGAACAGGAGACAACAAAAGAGCCAACGGCAGAACUCAAUGCUGAUGGAGAAGAGCUAAAGUCUACAAACAAGUCAAAUGCAGAACCAGAAACUGAUGGAGAAGAACAGGAGACAACAAAAGAGCCAACGGCAGAACUCAGUGCUGAUGGAGAAGUGCUAAAGUCUACAAACAAGUCAAAUGCAGAACCAGAAACUGGUGGAGAAGAACAAGAGGUAGCUAAAGAGCCAACGGCAGAAUUCAAAACUGAAGAGACAGUGAAAGAGCGUAAUGAAGAACCUGAAACUGAGGUACAAGAGGGAGAAUCAGCAAAAGAGCCAAGUGCAGUCACCAAAUUGACCGAGAAGGAGGAUAUGUCUGAGGAGCAAGAUGGAGAAUCAGCAAAAGAGCCAGGUCCAGGCCCAAAAUUGAUAGAGAAGGAAGAUAUGUCUGAGGAGCAAGAUGGAGAAUCAGCAAAAGAGCCAGGUGCAGACACAAAAUCUAUUGACAAGGAGGAUAAAUCUGAGGAGCAGAGUCAUGGAGAUGCAAACACAAGCGUGCCUGAGACUGGUAAAGUAGAAAAUGAAGCUGAAGAAGAUGAUCAGAGAGCAGUUAAGGAAGUGGAAGAAGAGACUGAUAAAGCAGAAGUCAGUACUACCCCUAUUUCAGGCUGAUCCAUGGGCCAUGCAAUGGUUAGGUGAUGAUAAUGCAGGGCGAAAAGAUUGGUUAUUGUGGUUUAGCGUUUAGGUAACUUAUAUGUUUAGUGAAACUGCUUGUUUAAAGACUUAAUUGUGUUAUUUUUAGUAGUUUUAACCUGUGUCUUAUUGUGGAACUAGUUUGCUGGUGUCACCUAGCCUUAGUAACAUACAUUUCAGAGGCCAUGUAUGUGCAUUUGCUAAACACAAAACAUUGAUAAUAUGUGUAGUCAUUUCAGCACUUCCUGUUUUGGGCACAUAACUUUGAACUUGCUGAGAAAAGUGUC